AUGUCACGACAGUACGAUUCGACUGUUCCAUCGUCUGAAGAUCCCUCACCACGAUCCACAACUACACGUUCCAGCUCGCGCCCGCGCCCUGACAGCACAGCGCCAAACCAGGAGGCCUCCGUCGUUUCUGUGCGUCCGUCACCAUCGCCGCAUUCUCCGCUCGGGGUGUCCUCAAGCUCGGAGGGAUAUCCAUCUUGGCUUCCAAAACGUCCCCCACCGCCUGCGCCGCGCUCGACUCUACAGUCGUCCGUAGCAGGAAUGUUCACCGAGGCUGGACCCAGCAGCGAACCAUUUAUAGGUGGGAGGAAGCCGACGCCACGAUCUGUACGCAUCGUCAGCCUACAAGACUCGUCACAGGCGGAGAAGGAAUCGAGGACGCGUCAGCCGACGGAGCAGUCGCGCGCAUUUUCAGGACCCUCCCAUGCCCGCGUCUGGUCUCGCGCUACGAGCGCCGGACUAACACCGACCCUUCUGUCUUCUGGGCUGGGUGCCCCAUUUCCAAGACCCAAGUUUAGGUCUACUGGACUUCAUCCGGAAAUUUUGCGAAGUCCCUCUUGGAAAAAGCGUCUGCUAUUCUUGUUGUUCCCUUUAUUUGUACUCUUCCACAUUCCUCUCCAAACAUUCUUCGAUUUCAAUGCUGUAUUCAUUCUCAUCUUGGUGGCCAAGUACCCGAACCCUGUCGCGCCUGGUGUGCCUGGCUCUGGAAGGAAUUGGGCUCUGGGCGCGGCCGCGUACGUCGCCUGCUGGUUCACCUGGAUCUUUGUAGUUUUUAUUGUAUACGAGCUGAUAUAUUCCUUCUACCGCCGAUGGAGAGUCAAACGGCCAUUAAUGUUCCCAAUCUAUCUUUCUUCGCCUGCUUUCAACUUCGUCUCCAUGAGCUCUUACACUAAUUUCUGCUUCAUGUACCACAUUCGUCUAUCUGCCUUCACCGGCGAACACGGUGCCCUCCGGGACGGCCUUGCUGAAACCGCCUUCUAUUACUCUCAAAACUGGCCGACAGUCGCCCUCCUCCUGCCGCGUGCGGCACUCUCCCUCGCACUCCUGCUGGAAUUUUGGACAGCGCAACCAGGCGCUAUUGCUCUCACAGAUGCAGGCAUCAGCCCACGAGAUGGGACGUUCUUCCGUGCGUCGGAUGGGACGCUGACAAACUACGCCCGCGGUGUGCUCAUCGCAAAUGCUGCCUGGACAGCAUGGCGGAUCCUUGUUCUUCUCUUGAGCAUGAUUGGCUUAUGGAUCUCUAGUGGACAAGGCUGUGCCGGCUUGUGCGGGCCACGAUAUCGCUGGGAAGAGGAGGAUGUGGAGAAGACGCUUGUAGCGGUCGGCGACAACAUUUCGGACAUGGACGCAUUACCCUGGUCUUGGAAGGAAUGUACAUUGCUGCGCGUCAAAGAUGCGCACGAUUUCUGCCUCACUAUCAAGGUCCGGCGUUCUAGUCCCGGUGUGAACAAGGGUGCGGACUCGCGCGAACCGUCCGUCCCGAUCGAGGGCAUGGAGCGCGUAUUUGCGGCCGUCGGCUUGCCCUCCGGCUACCACCCUGCCCGGCGUGGUAUCCUGUCAGGCGAGCUAUUUGAGAGCCCUUUGGUCCCGGAUGAGGGUAAUGAAGGCGAGGUCGAAGUCGAGGUCGAGAAAGUGGUGGAGAGCAAGUCUGCACCGGAGCUCUUGGAUGUGGAGCAGCCUCCUGCUGUCAUACGCUCCAGAGAAAAGCUGGGUGCGGGUCCUUCUGGCCCUCUGAUGCAGCUCCCCUAUCCAUUCACUGGAUAUGGUGCACAGGUCUCUUCAGAAGAGAGCGUCCCAUUCCCACCGUCGCCAGACCCCGAGGAAGAGAGGGAAGUCCCGAUUCAGAGUGCAGGUGAAGAUGAGGAGGAGGAAGAGGAAGAGGAAGAGGAAGAUGAGGAGGAGGAAGCAGAGGAAAGUGAAGAGCGAUCAGAUAGACGAACAUCUGGUUCGAUGUCCAGUCUUGGGAGACCGAUAGUGUCGAGAUAUCCCUUCCAAUUCCGCAGACCAACGCGUGGAAGUGCAUCAUCAGCAUCACAUAUGUCACCGGGCACGCAUUCUACGCCCCACUCCACACAGUCCCGUUCGACUCAGUCGCACUCGGUGAUGUCGCAGUCCACAUACCUCUCGCGCUCGACCCAGUCGACGGGCAAUAGAGAGUCAUCAGACUCACCGAUGUCCAAUGGCAGCUCCAAUGCACCCAGCCCAUUGUCGUCCAGCUUCAGCGGAAGUGUUAUCCCCAUGCCGCCAAGACAUCCGCAAGUACAUCGUAGGGCUAGGGCAGGGACUGUACCCGCGGUCCCAUCAUCUCCCGGUUCACCUAGCCCAAAUAAUUACCCUGCGGGUCGGCCUCGUGCACGUACACGCACACAAAGCGUGGUGACAGAGUCUUCAAUGACUUUCGGUCCCGUCCCUCCCCCCGUUUUCGAUUCUGAUGCGGACCUCGGACAUGACGACUCCCUCAUGGACGUUCCAGAAGCAGAAGGGUCAAUCGAAGAGGCGGAGCAACACGACAGCGUCGGUUUGCUUUCUGCAGGACCAAGCCCCAGAACGUCUCUGGCUAAUUUGCGACGGCGGGGGAGCGGUGUCUCGCAUCGCCGGGCACAAGGCUCGCGCUCGCGCUCCACCACGGGAUCCGGAUCACGAUCAAAUUCGCGGUCCCGCACGAACUCAUCCACCUCGCGGUCAGAGUCCGCGCGGUCGAGGGCACAGUCGCUCAUCCAAUCAAUUGGUGCCGCAUCGAGGUCCUCUGUGGAUCUCGUGCGCUCGCGGGCAAAUUCGAUGGUGCGCUUGUCCGACUCGCCCUUUGACUCGUCCGCGUCGGACGCUGUCCUCAGCAGUCCCGAAAACCAUACGUUUGGUCACCCGCUGCGGGAUCAGUGGCGCGCAGAGGAGGCCGAGCAGCGAGCUAAGGAGUCUGCAGCGUCCCUAGAUGUACCACCGCUUGAGCCUGUGCCCGAGAUCAGCGUGAUCGAAGGCUCGCCGCGACUGCGCCCGAUGCCGUCGACGCUGUCUGCAGAUGCUCCGUCCACCCAUGCUCCGUCAGAGCGCCUCUCGGAACACAGCACGUUGAUGGAGGCUACAGAGCGGAUUGGAGUGCCAAUACCUGGCCGACUGCCAGUGGCGAGCGACAGCCAGCCGGAUAUCAGCACCGCAAACCAGUCGUACGUGACUGCACCCGCGACUAUCGAAGGCAGGACGGAUAGCUCGAGGGAGACGCCCUCGAGCUGGGGUGGGAUGGAGCAGUACCCCGGGGGUGCUCUGCGACCCGUGUGA